GAAACUUUCAAAAAUUCUCAACAAACACAACAUUACACUAGCACAUAAACCACGUGACAAAAUCAAAAACACUGUAUUCAGUCGGUUGAAAGACCCAAUUCCAAAAUUGAAAACUAAGAACGUUGUGUAUGCCGUACCAUGCGGCACCGAAGACGGGAAGGUGUAUGUAGGACAAACCGGACGAAUGCUGAAAACAAGGAUCAACGAACACCAGAACAACAUAAGAAAAAAGGAGUCAAAAACAGGUCUAACCCAACACCACCUAGAUGAAGGACACAACUUCGAUUUCGCAAACACGGAAAUUCUGGAAAGGAUCGACAACCAGGCAAGCAGAACCAUUGCGGAGGCCUUCCACAUUAAGCUGCUCGGUGACGACAAAAUUGUUAACAUGCAGCGCGAAUGUGGAGGGAUCGACUCAGCGUACAACGGUCUAGUGGGUAAAAUACGAACACUCUCAACACAUACGAGCAGACCGAACCGAGUGACGCAACCGAACCAACACGAAGAUGGAUAGAUGUGUGAAAAGGGGGGUUUAGUAGUAAAGCCACACUGGUGGCAAGAACAUCGAUUUAUACAAAUCUGAUGAUGGCUGAAAGUCAGUAGGCCGAAACGUUAUAAAUCGUGUUUUAGUGUGUUGCAAUCACCGAACAAAAUCAACAAUCCCUAAAUAUACAACUCAACGGUGACCAAAACCCUUAAGAAUAAAAUCGUUUGAUAAAGGAAGGGAAGAUGCAUUUAGAGCGAGAAAUUGCAGAGAAGUAUGGCAGCCAUGUGAGAGAACUGCUGCGACAGUACCAGAAAACGGCCAUGGUACUAGCGAGAACGAGCAACCAGAUAAAGUUCUUGCUGAAUUGUAGAAAGUGCAAGGUGCUACCGAUAUGCUUAAACUACAAGGUACAUGUCAACUUAAGGAACGAGAAGUCACACCGGCAAUUAGAAAAGGUGCUGUUCAGACAAAAAAUCCGAGUGUUGAGUAUAAUGGUAGCGGAUGGCAAGAGAACAUCGACAUGGACAAAGAAGACGAAAGCCGACUUGAGGAACAAGUUGGAGCGAGUGUUAGAAAGAGAGGACUUCGAAAGGACAACGAAAAUGGUGGAAAGCAGAACUGCGAGAGUAUAUAUGACCACGAAGGAGAAAGAAAUGAAGAAAAUGGAGAUGCUGAAAAAGAAGAGAAUCGCCGAGUUGAGCCACGAAGCGACUUGGGUGGAGAACACUACCAACACGCCAUUGCCGGACUACCUAGAACGAACGUUGAUGCUGGGCCCGAACUACAACGUCCCAAAUCGUGAGAAAUUUCCCUACAUCGAGACGGUUGCAGAAAUUGAGAAAGCAAUAAAACCUAAGGAGAAUGUUGACGAGAUUCGAGCCGAGGUGACAACAGCGAUGUCCAAUUUCAUCAACUACAACAACCAGCCUCGCCACCACCAACAAGAAUGGAUCGCCAAGGAUGUAGGAAGAAGCAGAAAGUUCCUCAAGGAGAACCCGACCAUUCUAAUAACCAAAGCAGACAAGGGUAACAAGACUGUAAUCUUGUCGGCGGAGGAGUAUGAAACAAAGAUGGAGGAAAUGCUUCAAGAUGCUACCACGUAUCAGAAAAUCAACUACGACCCAACGGCGAGAGUGUCCCGGAAAAUCAAAUCAAUCCUGGACGGGUGGAAAGAUAGUAAGUACAUCGACGCCAAAACCCACCGGAAACUGAACAUUUCGGAUUGCAAUCCACCGCGGAUAUAUGGACUUCCGAAAACCCACAAACAGGGAAGACCAUUACGUCCGGUAGUAUCGACCAUCGGGUCCACAACGUACAGGUUAGCGCAGUUCCUCUCUAACAUCCUUGGGAAAAUCGUCGGAAAAACGGAAAACCACGUAGUCAACAGCUUCACCUUUGCAACAGAGGUAACAGGAGUACAGACCGACGAAGAUGAGGUGAUGUUUUCGCUUGACGUCACAUCGCUGUACACGAACGUACCGGUAGAAUACGCUUUAGAGUGUAUAAACCGACGUUGGAACGAGCUCGAAGACCACACACCGAUAGACAAAAACAGCUUCACUGCUGCCGUCAAGCUAGUGUUGGGAUCCACGUUCUUCGCCUACAAAGGAACCUUCUACAAGCAAACCUUUGGGGUACCGAUGGGUUCCCCUCUAUCGCCCGUCGUCGCGAACCUCGUCAUGGAACGACUGGAACAGGAAAGCAUGAGAACGUUGGAGGAAAAGCAAAUAUCGUUGAAAGUGUACCGCCGCUACGUAGAUGACUGUUUCUGUAUUGCGAAGGAGGCUCACAUAAACAUGAUUGUAGAUGUCUUCAAUGAGUUUCACGACAAGUUGAAAUUCACGGUUGAACGAGAGGAUAACGAUAAACUCAAGUUCCUGGAUAUGACUCUACAAAGGACAAAUGGUAAGAUCACAAAGAUAUGGACACCCAAACAAACGAAUGGAAGAUAUUUGGAUUUUCAUUCGGAGAGCCCCUUCCAACACAAGAAAAACACGGCGAUCGCACUCAUAGACCGUGCGAUCAAGCUAACAGAUGCCUCCGAAAGACCAAAAACAAUAACAACAGUCAAACAAAUUCUACUAAAAAACCAUUACCCAAAAUGGUUUAUCACCAAAUUGUUGAAAAACAGGACCCAUCAACACUACAACACCAUACAGUGGGAGGAAACCGGAAGAAAGGAAAUGAAGUUCGUGUCUACACCCUACAUACCAUGCCUCAGUGAGAAACUUUCAAAAAUUCUCAACAAACACAACAUUACACUAGCACAUAAACCACGUGACAAAAUCAAAAACACUGUAUUCAGUCGGUUGAAAGACCCAAUUCCAAAAUUGAAAACUAAGAACGUUGUGUAUGCCGUACCAUGCGGCACCGAAGACGGGAAGGUGUAUGUAGGACAAACCGGACGAAUGCUGAAAACAAGGAUCAACGAACACCAGAACAACAUAAGAAAAAAGGAGUCAAAAACAGGUCUAACCCAACACCACCUAGAUGAAGGACACAACUUCGAUUUCGCAAACACGGAAAUUCUGGAAAGGAUCGACAACCAGGCAAGCAGAACCAUUGCGGAGGCCUUCCACAUUAAGCUGCUCGGUGACGACAAAAUUGUUAACAUGCAGCGCGAAUGUGGAGGGAUCGACUCAGCGUACAACGGUCUAGUGGGUAAAAUACGAACACUCUCAACACAUACGAGCAGACCGAACCGAGUGACGCAACCGAACCAACACGAAGAUGGAUAGAUGUGUGAAAAGGGGGGUUUAGUAGUAAAGCCACACUGGUGGCAAGAACAUCGAUUUAUACAAGUGGGUGAAGAAAAUUGUAAGAUGAAUUUUAAGAUUGUAACUAUUUGAAAAUAUAUUUUAGAUCUGAUGAUGGCUGAAAGUCAGUAGGCCGAAACGUUAUAAAUCGUGUUUUAGUGUGUUGCAAUCACCGAACAAAAUCAACAAUCCCUAAAU